GGGAAAGGAAAAUUCGAUAUGGCGUGAAAAGUCCGCGUAGCGCGUACACAGGAAAAACCACACGCCAACGUCGACGCGGCAAAAAUCCGAUUGCAAAUCUCCCAACAAAAACCCAAAGCCCCUUGCCUCUCCCUCUCCUCUGUUCCAUUUGCAUACUCGCCUACUCGCAAUUUCAACAAACGCACACCUCCGAAUUCCAAUUCACUUGCUUUGUUUUGUUGAUCUCCGCAAUCUCCAAUCUCCAAUGGAGAAUUCUCAGGCCCACGCGUUAGGGCUCACAGAUCGCCGGCCGGCCGCUCUCGGAGACUUCCGAGUCCUUCCUGACGACCUCAUCUGCGACAUCCUGGAAUACCUCCCUCCUCGCGACGUCGCUCGCCUCGCUUGCGUUAGCAGUGUGAUGUACAUACUAUGCAAUGAAGAGCCACUUUGGAUGAGUUUAUGCCUCAGCAAAGUAAAUGGUCCGCUCCAGUAUAAAGGCUCGUGGAAGAAGACGGCACUUGAUUUGGAGCAUGUACCAUAUGAAUGCGACGAGGCUGGCAGAAAACCACUUUAUUUUGAUGGAUUCAACUCAUUGUUCUUGUACAGAAGAUUAUACAGGUGCUAUACCACAUUGGAUGCUUUUUCUUUUGACGAUGGGAAUGUGGAAAGGAAGAAAGACCUCAAUUUGGAAGACUUUUCUUGUGACUAUGAUGGAAAGAAACCGGUUUUGCUUACUGGAUUAGCUGAUGCUUGGCCUGCAAGGCAUACAUGGACAUUUGACCAGUUAUUGCAGAAAUAUGGAGAUACAGCUUUCAAAAUUUCUCAAAGGAGUGCUCGCAAAGUCUCAAUGAAAUUCAAGGAUUAUGUUUCAUACUUGAAAAUUCAACAUGAUGAGGAUCCCCUAUAUAUUUUUGACCACAAGUUUGGAGAGGUUGCACCUGCCUUGUUGAAAGAUUACUGUGUGCCUUGUCUAUUUCAAGAGGACUUUUUUGAUGUUUUAGAUGGAGACAAGCGACCACCAUUUAGGUGGCUCAUUAUUGGGCCACAGAGGUCUGGUGCCUCCUGGCAUGUUGAUCCAGCCCUGACCAGUGCCUGGAAUACGCUACUAGUUGGCCGUAAGAGGUGGGCCCUGUAUCCACCAGGAAGAGUACCACUAGGUGUCACGGUACAUGUAAACGAAGAAGAUGGUGAUGUCAAUAUCGAAACUCCAUCUUCACUGCAGUGGUGGCUAGAUUUUUAUCCACUUCUUGCUGAUAAAGACAAACCGAUAGAGUGUACCCAACUUCCAGGGGAAACGAUUUUCGUUCCAAGUGGAUGGUGGCACUGUGUCUUAAAUCUGGAACCAAGUAUUGCCGUUACCCAGAACUUUGUAAAUCCCAAAAAUUUUGAAUUUGUGUGUUUAGACAUGGCACCUGGUUAUCAUCAUAAGGGAGUUUGCCGUGCUGGAUUACUUGCACAUGCAGAAGGAAAUUCAGAUGAUGCCACAAAUAAUAAAGAUGAUUCUGGUAUCUCUGAUCUGAUUAGGAAAGUGAAAAGAGUCAGGACUCUCGAACCUGGAGAAAAAAAGAAUGCUGAUGUUGCUUCUAAUGACCAUGAUUUACAACAAAGAAUUUCCCAGGGGUUUUCUUAUGACAUAAAUUUCUUAGCCAUGUAUCUAGAUAAAGAGAGAGAUCACUACAACUCUCCUUGGAGCUCUGGCAACUGCAUAGGACAACGAGAAAUGAGAGAAUGGUUAUUUAAGCUUUGGUUUGCAAAAACAGGAAUGAGAGACUUAAUCUGGAAGGGAGCUUGUCUUGCAUUAAAUGCUGGGAGAUGGUCUGAAUGCCUGUCAGAAAUUUGUGCAUUCCAUAAUUUGCCUUAUCCAGCAGAAGAUGAGAAGCUUCCUGUUGGCAUGGGUAGCAAUCCUGUUUAUCUCUUGAGCGACUGCGUAGUCAAAAUUUUUGUUGAAGAAGGGCUGGAAAGAUCACUUUAUGGUCUAGGCACAGAGCUAGAGUUUUACAAUCUCCUAUGCAAAGUCAACUCCCCUCUGAAGAAUCACAUGCCUGAUGUUUUGGAAAGUGGGAUCAUUUAUCUUGAGAAUGGAAUUUACAGAAUUGUACCAUGGGAUGCCAAAACAGUUCCUGAUGUGAUUGCCAGAUGCAAUCUUAUUCCUGAGAAGUUAAAUGCAGAUGUUUGUCCUUUUGGCGUAUGGAGCAAGAAACAGUUUAAUUACAGAAGGGCCGGGAUGCCAACAAAUGAAACCAUCGGCUCACCUGAAUGCAGAAGAAUAUGGCCAUAUCUUAUAACAAAACGAUGCAAAGGAAAAAUAUAUGCAGAGCUAAGAGAUACGAUUUCAUUGGAAGACGCACUGAACUUAGCAUCCUUUCUGGGAGAGCAGCUCCGCAACCUCCAUCUCUUGCCUCAGCCACCUCUAAGCAUCUCAACUUUCUCAGAUAUUAAACCAGAAAUAGAUAUGCCUUUAACUAAUGGUUGUAUGGAGGCUGUUCAGGAUAAAUCAGAAGUUCCAGCUGAAUGGAAUAUUUUCAUCAGAACUCUAAUCAGGAAGAAGAAGGAUGUCUCAAGUCGCUUGAGUAAAUGGGGAGAUCCAAUUCCUACCACACUGAUCGAGAAAGUCGAUGAAUACUUACCAGAUGAUUUGGCCAAGUUGCUUCACAUAUUCGAGGAUGAAAAUGGCUUAAACAAGGUGGGUAAACUUUGUUCCUGGAUACACUCAGAUAUCAUGGAUGAUAAUAUUCACAUGGAACCAUGUGGUGCUAAUUCUUGCCUGAUUGAGAACACCAAAGACAAUGGCCUGGUAACCAAUGGUUCAGUGAAUGGAAAUGGCAUCAGUGCAGGGACUAAAUCAUGGCGUCCUAGCCACAUUCUUGAUUUCAGUGAUCUUUCUAUAGGUGACCCCAUUUAUGAUAUAAUACCCAUAUACUUGGAUGUAUUUAGAGGUGAUACACGUCUCCUUAAGCAACUUUUAGAAAGUUAUAAACUUCCUUUAGUGAGUGCAGAAUCACAGAAUAAGUCUGUUAAGGGUGGAGACAAGUUUGGACAGCUUUCCUACCACGCAAUGUGCUACUGUAUGCUGCAUGACGAGAAUGUAUUGGGAGCCAUUUUUAGUAUCUGGGACGAACUCAAGACGGCGAAAACAUGGGAAGAAGUUGAGCAAGUAGUGUGGGGAGAGUUGAAUAAUUACAAGGGGUUUCCCUUGGAUCCUAAAAUAUAACACUUUUGGGAGUAGAAUAGACAUGAUUUAUCCGUACCAAGAUCAUUGAUUGCAGCACUGUCUGCUGCUAACUUGUUUUAUCGCUUGAUAAGGUCCAAAGAAUGUGUGCAAUCAUGAUAUCAAUGAAGCAGAAGCCAAUUAUAUGCUCUACUAAAAUAGGAGUUUCAUGGUUACUUUGCUGUAUCUCACGUGAUUUAUUUCCCUUCUUCCUUUGUCGAACAUAAUAAUUCUUACAUUCAUGUCAA